AUGACACCUAUGUUACUAAUUACCCCAAAGGAUGUAUUCCUAUACAUUCCUAAUUUAAUUGGAUAUUUUAGAGUUGUAACAGCAAUUUUAUCAUUCUUAACAAUGAAAAAUCAUCCUUAUUAUACUUUAAUCUUCUAUGGAAUAUCAGGAUUCUUAGAUGCUUUUGAUGGAGCAGCUGCCAGAAAAUAUAAUCAAGGUACUAAAUUUGGUGCUGUUUUAGAUAUGGUAACUGAUAGAUGUGCUACAUCUUCAUUGAUUUGUUAUUUAUGUGUGAUUUAUCCAGAAUAUUGUAUAUUUUGGCAACUUUUAAUUUCUUUAGAUUUGUCAUCUCAUUACCUUCACAUGUAUGCUAUGUUAAAUAAUGGUUCAACAUCUCAUAAGAACAUCAAUGAAAAAGAUUCAAAGAUCUUAUCUUUAUAUUACAACAAUAGGAAAGUAUUAUUUAUUGUUUGCCUUGUUAAUGAAUUAUUUUAUAUGGCCCUUUAUUUGCAUUCAUUUAAAUUUUUUUGGUUAGGAACAGUAAUGGUUUGGUUAAGUACACCUAUUUGGGCUUUUAAACAAUUUGCUAAUGUUGUACAAUUACAAAAAGCUGCUUUGAUUUUAGCAAGAAUGGAUGCAGUCGAAAAGACAAAAGAGGUUAAUGGAAUUAAGAACAGAUAA